AUGAACCUCACCUCCGUGACUAUUUCUGCUCACGGAGAACUGUUCACUGCGAUGGCUCCUGUAAAACCAAAGGUUAAAAGCGCCGAUGGAAAACGGAAAAUAGUGAGGGAAAGUAUGAGGAAAUUACGAGAAGCGAUUAAAAGUGAUCCAGUUAGAUAUGAAGAGGCAAAAAAGAAGGAAAGGGAAAGAUACCAUGCAAGAAAAGCUGCUGGUAAAAUAAAAGGUAUUGCUGAUAUGAGCGAAAGGGAAAAAAGGACAAUUCGAAGGAAAUGGAAGGACAGAAGUAAAAGAUGCUAUGAAAGGAAGAAAACACAAGAAAAAUUGAACAGAUUUUUAGCUGAAGAAACUCCUCCAUCAUCUCCAUGUCGACAACCAGUUCAAGAGAUACCUGCAGAAAUUGAUAAUCAAGAUCGUACACCGUGUACUUCGAAACAAUCUACUUCAAGUUCCAGAAGUAGGGUAUCGUGCGGCGAAAAACUUCGAAGGAAUAACAGGAGAAAGCUGAAUAUAACGAUAAAAAAGCUUGAAAUUAAAUUACAGGAGGCGGAAAGAAGAGCAGGAAAAUACAAGAAACAAGUACAGCGUUUGAAGAAAAUUCAAAAUAAGACAAGUCCCCGUACUGAAGUUAUGUCAGCACAAUUAAAAGAAAAUUAUAAGAGCAAGAGAGGUUCUAUACAAAAAAGGAAGUUCAUUGAUAAUAUCACGGGGCCUCUCAUAAAAAAGGACAGAUUCAUGAAGUUCAUUUCAUCGCUAUCAUCUAACACUAUAUUGUAUGGAAACAGAAAAAACAGGCAAAUGAUGCAUCAAACAGUUUUGCAAGUUAAUAGAUCUGUAAGGGCAUUUCUCCUGAAAGAUGAGAAUAGUAGGCUUUGUCCUGGAAAGAAAGAUACGAUAACUUUCAAACAACACAAAAUGCAAAAGAGAUACCUAAAUGACACCUUGAAAAACCUUUACGUUAAAUUUAGAAGCGCUCAUCCGGAGAUGACGAUUUCAUACACGACAUUUUGUAGAAUGCGUCCAUUUUGGGUACUGCAGCCUAAAGUAUCAGCAAGAAAUACAUGUUUGUGCUUGUUACAUACAAAUAUGAAUCUUAUUGUUUCUAAAUUAUAUUACUUGAAAAUUAUCAACGAAAAAUCACCAGAGGAUCUUGUAAAAUCACUUACCUGCCAUAACGGUUAUCUGCUCGAGCAAUGUCUUGAGAGAACAUGUCCAAAAUGCAAACACAAGGAAAUAAAAGUUUUAGAUUAUGAUACAGAUGAUGAAACGUUUUACGAAAAGUGGUUAACAAAAAACACGUACUGA